GGAUAUGAGAAACUGAAGAAGUUCUGUGCAAAAGCCGAGGAGUACAAUAUGAAAUUUGCAUGGUCAGAUACUUGCUGCAUUAACAAAAGUAGCAGCACCAAGCUUGAUGAGUCAAUUCACUCCAUGUUUAGAUGGUAUGGAAACUUGGCUGUUUGCAUUGUCCAUCUAGCACAAAGUGAAACCAUCAAGGACAUAAUGGAGGAUGAAUGGACUGAAAGGGGCUGGAUGUUGCGGGGGCUCCUCACACCCACUCGAAUCAAAUUCUUCAACAAGUACUGGGUGCCCAUGACAGGCGAUAGAAAUGACAAAGAUGACAAGGAUGACAUCAAUGAAUUCCUGAGAGCUACUGGUAUUCCUUAUGAUGACCUACAAUGCAAGUUCUGUCCAAGUCCGUCCAAGAUGGAUAAAUGGAUGAUGUGGGCAGCAAGAUGCAAGACAACAAGGGUCAAAGAUGUGGCAUAUUCCCUGAUGGGAAUGUUUGAUGUGAGCCUGCAGAUUGUGUAUGGAGAAGGGGGAGAUUGUGCAUUCUGCAGGCUCAUAGAGGUCAUCAUGCAGGCUGGUGACCCUUCUGUCCUCAACUGGAAGGGCGAGGCUGCGAGGCAUCACACUUCGCAUGCCAUUCCUAAAUCACCACAGAGCUUCAUAGCAUAUUGA